AUGAUUCUGCAGCAUAUUUUAUUAAAUAAUAAUCCAAUUCUCAAUUUAACAACAGAAGAAUCAGAAGGAUUCUUUAGACUUCUUCUCAAUGAUAUACAAAUCGGUCCAAUUUUUACAUUACUACUCGACAUUACGAAAUAUCAAUCAAAACAAGAUGAAAAUUGGUUUGAAACGUUUAAUUCAUGGGCAAUAUUAGUUGAAUAUCUAUCACCAGGCAUCUCACAAGCUUUUUACAUCGCUUGCUACUUCGUAAAUACUUUUAAUAAAGAUUCUUCAUUUAUCAAAACAAUAUUAUCACCAGAGACAUUACCAAACGUAAUAAACAUAGCUCUUACAACAGAAGACCAAAACACAUCAGAAUUGGCCUUCAAAUUCUUAAUAAAUGCUCAAGAAAUUUUGAAACCAGAAAAUUACCUUUUAAGACAGAACAGACUUCAGUCAAUUGAUAUUUUGAGUAACGAAGACGAUAAAACUGCUUUUCAAGAAAAUUCAAAUAUUUUACCGGAAGAACUGGCCGAAUUUACAGGUUUACUUGAUUUUAUUAAGGAAACACAGAAUGAUGUUGCCGGAUUUAUAGUUUCCACGCCUGAAUUCGUUCCUUGUAAGAGAAUGGCGAUUCAAUACAUGUUAAAUUACGAUGAUACGCAAAUGGAAUCAACAGAAGCGAUGUAUAGUGUCCUUAUGUACCUGAAUAACUCGAUAAUUAACUAUCCAACCAAUGAUUUUUUGGCAAUUUCUUAUGUUGAAUGUUUUAAGUCAAUUGCAACAGCUUCAAACAUUGAUAGUUUUGAUAUCAAACCUGUGAUACAGAAUAUUCUUAGUUUGACAGCGAAUAAAAAGGAAAUUGUCGCAUCAUUUUGGGGAUGCAUUGAUAAAAUCGCUAGAAUCAUUAAUAAACUUGUUUUGAAAGAAACAAUUCCACAACCUGAUGAAUGGCCAACGUUUUUGACAAAAUAUUUGAUUCCAAGGGAUAGAACAAGGAGAAAUGACUACGGAGGCUUCUCAAGAGCCAAUAGAAGACAAGCAAGAUUACCUAGAUAUUACUGCGUUGACGAAGAAGACAUGUCUCGACUUCCUGUAGAUUUUGAAGAUUAUUCAAGUGAAGAAGAUUAA